AUGAAAGUAUUUAUAUGGAAGUGUCUGCAUGGAGGUCUCCCAGUGAGAGGUGACAUUCAUAGACGAACAAGGCAAGGAGAUCCUAAAUGUGCAGGGUGUGGAGAAGAGGAAGAAACAAUAGAACAUCUGCUGCUCCAAUGCAACAAAGUAAAGGAAGUAUGGAAGCUAUCGCCAGUACAAUGGGAUGGAAUACAACAUACAUCGAACUGUUUCAUCAAAUGGUGGACUGCAAUCAUGGAAGCUCAAGAAGAGAGAGGAGGGGAGGACCAAGUGAACCUCACCAUAAAUAUUCUCUGGCAGAUUUGGAAGGCCAGAAAUGAGAGGGAGUUUGAACAUAAGGAAAAGGAACCUCAUAAGGUAAUACAGAAAGCCGUGAAGGAAUGGAUGGAAUUUGAUGAGGCCAACAGAGGGAAAGAGACAAGGAAGAACACCCAGGAAACAGAAAUACUACAAUGUGUUGAGCAAGAUCAAAGCCAAAGAGAGAACCAAGCCAGACUGAUGAUCAAGGUCCACACUCAUCAAGACAGAAGGCAACAAAUGGUGGGGAUUGGAAUCACUGCUACUGACUCGAUAGGUAGUCUACAAGCAAUCUGGGCAUUAAGGGAAAAAAUGUCUGGAGACACAAAGCAAGACCAAGCUGGUGCGGUGAGGCUAGCCCUACUGAAUGCAAUCAGUCAAGAUUGGACGGGUAUUAAAAUGGAGCUGGAAGAUAGGGAGCUGGUAGAGUGCAUAAAACACACAAGGACCAGCAACCAAUAG